GAGGGAAGCAGGUUCAGGGCUCCGAGGGAGAGAGGGAGAGGAUGGAAGAGAGAAAACGGCAACAGCGGUUUAUAGGGCAGGCAUUUAAACAAAAGUGAAGGAGAGGAAAACUAACGGAAAGGUAUAGGCAAAAAGAAAGAGGUUAAAAGAGAAGAAACAGAAGGAAAGGAGUUACAGGAGAAAAAGAGCAACAGAAGCAGAGAUAGGUUGACCUGUCACCAUGACAACGGAAGUGGGCUCUGAGACAGAGGUGAAGGAGAAAGCCGAGGAGUCUGCUGCUCAGCCAGACCAAUCGGAGAAGGCUUCGGAGGAAACCCAGGAAGUAGCGAACACUGAGGGAGAGGAGAAGGAAAAAGAGAAGGAGAAGGAUAAAGAGGGGAAAGGAAUAUCUCGAUACCUGCCAACAUGGCUUAGGAAGCAGAAGUCUCAGAGUCAGACCUCCCCGACCAAGGAGGCCCCGCCCACAGAGGAAGCCGUUAGCAAGGUGACCCAGGAAGAGGAAGGGCCUGCCCCAGAAGUGAACGGUCACGCUGAGGAAGUGGAAGAAAAGGAGGCAGUAACGUCUGAGCAAGUGAAGGAAAAAGAAGCAGAAUCUCAUUCAAACGCCAGUGCAGAGACUGAGCCCGCCAAGGAAGAGAAGGCGGAGGAGAGCCCUGAGAAAAGCCCUGGGGAGGCUGAGGUGGCAACAGAGGGAGAAGGGGCAGAGGAGCAAAAGAAGGAGCAGGAAGGAGAGGGGAAAGGUGAAGAGGAGGGAGGGGAAGCCCAGACCUCCAUUUUCCAGUCUCCUCUUCGCUUGGUGAGGAAGACCAAGAUGAAGCUGAUUAUGUGUCGCGUGACACUGCUGGACGGGACCGACUUCACCUGUGAGGUAGAGAAACGUGCGAAGGGCCAGUACUUAUUCUUUAAGGUGUGUGAGCACCUUAACCUACUGGAAAAAGACUACUUCGGUCUGGCAUACACGGACAGCCAUGAACAGAAGUGUUGGUUGGAUCCCACUAAGGAAAUCAAGAGACAGAUACGCAGUAACAACUGGAAGUUUGCGUUCAACGUCAAGUUCUACCCUCCUGAACCCUCACUGCUCACUGAAGACAUUACCAGGUACCUUUUGUGUCUGCAGCUCCGUGAAGAUGUGGCUUCUGGUCGGCUGCCUUGCUCAUUUGUCACUCACGCUCUCCUGGGGUCAUACACAUUGCAGGCAGAAUUUGGUGACUAUGAACCCGACCAGCCUCGCCCUCUGGACUAUAUCGGUCAGCGGACCUUUGCACCCAAUCAGAACAAGGAGAUGGAGGAGAAGAUUCUUGAGCUCCACAAGUCUCACAGGGGAAUGACACCAGCACAGGCCGACGCUCAGUUUCUAGAAAAUGCCAAGAAACUGUCCAUGUACGGGGUGGACCUGCACCAUGCUAAGGAUUCGGAAGGUGUGGACAUCAUGCUUGGCGUGUGCGCCAACGGACUCCUGGUUUACAAAGACAGACUUCGGAUAAAUCGUUUUGCCUGGCCCAAAAUACUCAAGAUUUCAUACAAGAGGAACAACUUCUACAUUAAGAUCAGACCAGGAGAGACGGAGCAGUUCGAGAGCACAGUGGGAUUCAAACUCCAGAAUCAUCGAUCUGCCAAAAGGCUGUGGAAAGUCUGUGUGGAGAAUCACAGUUUCUUCAGGUUAAACGCACCAGAACCUCCUACCAAGGCCCGCUUCUUGACCCUGGGCUCCAAAUUCCGUUACAGCGGGCGGACCCAGGCCCAGACCCGCACGGCCAGCUCCCUCAUAGACCGACCUGCACCCAACUUUGAACGCACCUCAUCUAAACGGAUCAGCCGCAGUCUGGAUGGAGCACCAGUGAUCAGCAUAACGGAGGCCAGCAGGGACACGGCUGAAAACGGGCGUGAGCUCCACUCUGACUCUAAGUUUAAAGAGGUGGACUUAAGCCCUGGUGAUGCGGAAGCCGCACCAACCCAGUCACUUGGAGCCAGUGAGCUUGCCCUCUCUCAGGACCAUGAUAAGACCCAAGAAGAGGUUCUGAAACACCAAGCUAGCAUUAGCCAGCUAAAACGCUCCUUUAUGGAGGCGCCACCUCCCUCUCCUCCUCAGCCCAACCAGUGGGAGAAACGUCUCACCUCCUCUCCCGCUACAGCGAUACGUGUUCAACAGCAACAAGUGGAGAGUGUGCCCCAAACAGAAGCAGAUGCUGCCGAUAACGUGAUCUCUGAUACCAAAGAGCCUGCAAAGACAACCGAAGUUGAAAUUGAAGAAACCGUUGUCGUCCAGGAGGUUUCCAAAGCACCCAAACCUGGACUUGUCAUAGUUACAAUCAGCCCUCCUGCUGAGCAGGAAACAAGGGAGCAGGAAGUGAAAGUCGAAGAGGAAGUAGUGGUAGCGGCGGAGGCAAAGGUGGUGAAGCAGGAGAGCAUUUCAUCUGAGAGCGAGAGUGAAGAAGAAGCGGAGUACCAUCCAAAUGUCUCCGUGUCCAUCUCUCAUACGCAAAUACCGGAGGAGAAGGAAGAGGAGGAAGAGCAGGAGAAGAAAGAGGAGGAGGAGGAGGAGGAGACAGCGGAGCAGGACAUGGCUCCAGACGCUUCUUCCCUCCCAGCGGAAGUCAGCCGACAUGUGGCGGCGACCGGUCGAGAGGCAGAGGAGUCCAGGAAAGAGGACACAGAGACAGAGAAGAAGAAUGCAGAAGAGGAGAACGACGGUGAGAGGGAGCUGGAGGAAAGCGCAGAUGAUCCGAUGGUGACGCCAGACGAAGCUCCUAAUGGUCUCCCCCUGCCCGAGGAGGGCGUGACCGGGAUGGUCGCCCCCGCAGAGGAAGAGGAAGAGCCUGAGCCUAAAAUGAACGGAGAAGCCUCUCUGGUUGAAGCAGAACCACGGCCGCAGGUUAUUUGUUGCUCUGAGCCACCUGUGGUAAAGACAGAAAUGGUGACUAUAUCAGACACGUUUGCAGCCCAGAAAACUGAGAUAGCUACAAAAGAAGUGCCCAUCGUACACACGGAAACCAAGACCAUCACAUAUGAAGCCGCACAGUUGGAUGGUAACGGCGACGGCGAGCCCGGAGUGUUGAUGACUGCUCAGACAAUCACCUCUGAAUCUCUGUGUACUACCACAACCACACACAUUACCAAGACGUUAAAGGGCGGCCUAUCAGAGACAAGGAUUGAGAAACGCAUCGUCAUCACUGGCGACUGCGACAUCGACCACGACGAGGCACUGGCCCAGGCCAUUAAGGAGGCCAAAGAGCAACAUCCUGACAUGUCUGUUACCAGAGUGGUGGUUCAUAAAGAAACUGAACUGGCUGAGGAGGAGGAUUGACUGAACUCAGAGUUGAAGGGCCCACCGUGACUGUUUUCUCUGACGUUUAACGACCUUCAUAACCCUGCAACAACCAACCCUGACUGACUGAAGAGGAGGAGGAGGAGGAGGAGGAGCUGAAACACAGGAGGAGAAGGGGGUAGACAAAUGGGGAGACGUUGCCGAUCUCUUCCCAGUGGGUCUCUCUUACAUGUUUGUGGUGCGUCUAAAUCCCUCACUCCAAAACCAAGAAAAAGAAUAAUAAUAUCGUCACUCUUCCUGAGGGAACAGAAAAGAACCACUUUGUUAGCUUAACAUUUGUAGCGUGUUUUAAAUUUUUAAUAGAGCAUUUUUUUUCUUUUAACUGUUUGUUUUACAAAAAGACAGAAGAUAGUGUGUCUGUCAUGUCUUGCAAAAAUAAAAUUAGUAGGGAUGCACUGAUAACCAAUCCUGAUGAGAUACAAGGCUGAAAAAGAUUUUUAUACCAUUGUACCAGUGACCUUCAAUAACACUGAAAAGUCAAAACAAAGUUUCUCAUGCAUUUCAAAAAGGAAAUUUUUGUCUGAAAGUCAUUCAUUUGACACGGACGGUAUGUACUUGGAAUCUGCAUCAGCGAUGGAAAAGUUGUGUUGGUGCAUUCCUGGCAAACAAAAGAAAGUAAUUUGUUAAAUUACAGCUCCCUCACUUGAUUGUGAUUUAAAUAGAGAGUAAACAUAAUGUGAAUUUCUACAGCAACAACUUGGUCUUUGAAAACAUUUUUUUUCAAAGUGUAACAAAGUAAAAAAAAAAAACACAUUCAGGUGAACCAGCUGUGUCACCUUAUCACAGUGUAAUACUAAUAAUUACAGAAAAUAGGGAGCUGUAACUUAAAAUACUGCAGUAAGAACCAAUCAACCUGGUUUAUGAAUUUUUAUGAUUUGGUUAGUAUUCAUCCACAUUCCUCGUGUGUUGACUCGCGUUGGCUGAGUGAGUUCAUUUUCAGUUAAUUUUACCUUUUUCACAGCCGGCGGGGAUGGACGGAGCCUUAGUCGGAUAAAUGGGUUUGACUUUAAUUAAUCUGGAGAAGCCAAAUGGUGCAGGAUAUAUUUGUACGUUUUACUUUAUUUUGGAAUUUUUACUACACAGAAAUGAAUUUGAACUGAAAAUGAACUGACUUUAAAGCCGGUUUAUACAACUUUCUGUACAGUAAAAAACUAAUGAAGAUGAUUAGAUGGGAGCAGAAAUGCAGCUUUUUAUUACCUUAAACGCUCUCCCUGGGCCCGCCCACUGUACAACACUAGCCAUUCCCGUUGGGCCGCAGGGGAACAAGGGAGCAGACUUAUGAUUGGGAGAGAGGACCAGUAAACUGAAGGAUAAUUGGGAGAUAGAGGUGGCGCUGUGCAGUGCCCGAACCAACAACUUGGGAGUGAUAAUGAAUUGAACAUUGAUGCAUGUUGGCCUUACUCUACGGCAAGUUUCACUCCUGUUUUAAUAUGCUUAGGACAAUGUUUAAUACAUAAUCUGCUAUUUAAAUUAUUCAGAGUACUGUGCUCUAACCAGCACAGGUACCAAAACUAGGAUUUACAGUUGGAACAACUUGAAACAAGAAUUCAAAAUAAUGGGAUUUCUACCAGCAUGCUAACUCUGCAUCAGAGCCUGUUUGUCGCCAUAGUUUAGCUUAAUUUCGCUCCCAGCUUCUUUUCAUACCUGACUAGACAAUAGCAAGAAAACCUGCUAGAUAUCAUGAGAUCUGGGAUUCAAUUCAGCAUGUCUUCACACAGUUUUAUCUAUCUUGAGUGAGUCUAGAUAGAAGCCUUCUGUAUUGAUUGGUUUUAGAGCGUUUAGAUGACAGAUUAUCUUGGCUCAUACCGGACGUCUAGAUAAUAUGGCUGCGUUGUAACUGCUUCACCGCGACCAAGUGUUUUUCAGCAGUAAAAUAAAUUUUAUGUUUUUGACCUAUUUUAGUUUCAAAAUGACAUUCAGUUCUAUUCUACAUGAUUCUGCUACACAAAAUCAUAAGGGACUGAAUCAGUCAGUACACUACUCCCAGGCAUGGAAACGGUUACAACACAGCAGUAAAACGCAGCUUAAAAGGGAAGUCUUAUCCGAGGGUUUGAAGUGCUCUUGAACCCCAUAAAUGGAAUAUCUUUAUGUUUUUA